UCCUUUAUAAAUGCCAUAUCUUACGAAACAGAACAAAACACACAAAGAAGAUGAACUACUUUAGCGGCUACUGCAAUGUCGUGAAGGUCAUUUCCAUGACCUUCAACUUCUUGUUGAUGAUGAUCUUCCUUCAACGUUCAUCGUCAAUGGCAGAAGGUUUUGAGUUUUCGAGCAGAGAAGAAAUGGUGAGAUUUGCUGGUUAUGGAGAAGAGAAGCUAUCUACUGUGCUUAUCACAGGAUCAAUUCUUUGCGAGGCUUGUUUGCACUCUCAACCCAAGCUUCAAACAUGGCCGCUUUCAGGUGCUUUGGUUGCCAUCAACUGUGACAUGAAAGGGAAGUGGAUUAAGGCAAGUUCUGCACAGGCAGUGACCGAUGAAUAUGGAGAUUUCCAAAUUGACCUUCCUUCCCAUCUCCAUGCAAUUCCCAAUUUGGAAAGCACAUGUUCAGUUAAGGUUCUGAGAAUACCAAAGAACUCAGCCUGCAAACCAGCAUUUGCAAGAAAACACAAGGCACUCACAUUAUCAUCUGCUGGCGAUGGCAUCCGCGUUUACACCGCCGAAAAGAUAAAAUUUCUGGACUUGAAAUCUAGAUCUUUAAAAGCUUGCCUUAACAGAGAAAGCAACUAUAAACAAGUUGCAUAAAUACUUUGUUUCUAAGUAGAGAGCUGCAGCUUAUCUGGAUGGCGCGUUAGUCACAGCAAUGAGUUGCAGAGGUUCAAUUUCAAUCUGUCGGUUUUACAAAUCAUAUGGAGAGAGAGAGAGAGAGAGAGAGAGAGAGACUAUGCAUAUAAAUAUGGUUUCAUGUAAAUAUGAUAAAUAUAUAGUAAUGAUGAUAUGUGACAUAAUGGCUAUGUAUAGGCAACAAUUUAAUACCAAAAA